CACUUUAAACUCUGGCGCCGACCCAUCGCGGGCACCCACCUGUACCAGUACCGAGUGUUCGGGUCGUACACAGACGUGACUCCCCGGCAGUUCUUCAAUGUCCAGCUGGACACGGAAUACAGGAAGAAAUGGGACUCGCUGGUCAUCAAACUGGACGUCAUCGAGCGAGAUGUGGCCACGGGCUCCGAAGUGAUUCACUGGGUCACUCAUUUUCCGUACCCAAUGUACUCACGAGACUACGUCUACGUCCGGCGGUACAGCGUAGACAAGGAGAACAACCUGAUGGUGCUCGUCUCACGGGCAGUGGAGCACCCGAGCGUCCCUGAAGACCCCGAGUACGUGCGGGUCAGGACCUACGAGUCCCAGAUGGUCAUCCGGCCCCACAAAACCUUCGACGAGAACGGUUUUGACUAUUUGCUGACCUACAGCGACAACCCGCAGACCGUGUUCCCCCGCUACUGCGUCAGCUGGAUGGUCUCGAGCG